AUGAAGAGAGCACAUUCUCUACUGGACUAUGCCAAAGAGGUCAAUGGAACUAAGACUGUUGAGCUAGAGGACCUAGAUAUUCACUUACUUGAUCCACAUAUUUCUUUAAGAAAAAUAGAUACAAACGCCCUAUACAACAUUCUAAGCCUGGCUUACCAUUUUGAAGAUGUAAAGAUGGAAGAAAAGGUGGUAACAACAAGCUCCUCAACAGACAAAAGACAGAGAUAUUUCUGCGAUACCACAAAAUGCUUCCAAUGUGGGGAGGCAGGGCAUGAGUUUAGGGAAUGUACCAGGGCUCUUAAAAGGGAUGUAUGUGAUCUAUGCAGUCGGGAAGGACACGAAAGAACCUAUUGUCCCUACAGACACUGCCCAAAGUGUAGAAGGUUCGGACAUUCCUCAAAGAACUGUUCUUUUCCUGAGGAUCUAAACGGAUCGAAGAUAUGCAAAGCCUGUCCCACAGGAAGUCAUAGCAUAGCAGACUGCUGUAGAACAUGGAAAAGAUACAGACUAAAUGGAAACACGUCGAAGUAUACAAUAUAUAAAGCAUGUCCAAUAUGCCUAUCUAAAAGACAUUUUAUCGAUGACUGCUUUUCCGUUGAGAGGUCACAAUCUUCCAUAUUCAGCUCCUCAUACGCUGAACUUGCCAAGUUUUACAAUAAACAAUGA